UCAGUCUUUGACUAAGCGUCGCACUUGCCGCACAACUCAGGGACCCCCACCAAGAGGAAAGACUCGAAUCAAUUCCAAAACGGAAUGCGGGGUUUGGUGUUUCCAAAGUUACACUUUCUAUAAUUUUAACAAACGGAAUCGGUUUUCGAUUACACAAACCAGUACCAACAUUCACAUUCAUUGUCACACCCAUCCAAACAAUCCUACGCCCACACGAUACCAAGGAGAGUGCAAAAGUACAAUGUCUGGUUGUGAUUACAAAAAUCUAUUGUUUUUCGGAGUGAUUGUUGUUUUUCGGCGAGUUUGAAAUAUUCCAAGCAAGAUCUUUAUAAAUGUUCGAUAAGUGUAAGAAUCGCAUAAUUUUUUUUUUUUUUUUGGUUCAAACUUAUUUUUUAUGUCAAGUGGUCGAAUUCUAGUGAUAAUCAUUCGUGAAUAUUGGUAACAAUUUAGUUUAUGAAUCCUGAUAUGCCCACCCAUAGCCUUCUGCCCUAGCUCAUCAGGAUAUAAAAAAUCUAUAUAUUGGAUUUAAAACUGCAAAACAAACAAGCUUCUUAACAACGCCUGAUGGUAAUGGCCGUGAUACUGUUGCUUGCCCUGGCACUUGUAUUCGGUUGCUAUUGCGCCAUUUAUAGGCGAAAGAUUGUAGCGAUAUAUUUGAAGCCGCUGCUAAAGAAUACCCCACUGGAUGACUGUUAUCAUGCCACGAUAGUUGCACCGCACAGGCGUCGAAGCAUUUGGGAUAUUCCAGGACCCCAACGCAUACCGUUUUUGGGCACAAAAUGGAUAUUUUUGAUUUUCUUUCGCCGAUACAAAGUGACGAAGCUACAUGAGGUCUACGCAGAUUUUAACCGGGAGUACGGUGACAUUGUUCUAGAAGUGAUGCCCUCAAAUGUACCGAUUGUCCAUCUUUAUAAACGGGAGGAUUUGGAGAAGGUUUUGAAAUAUCCAAGCAAAUAUCCGUUUCGCCCACCAACGGAGAUAAUUGUAAUGUACCGGCAGUCUAGGCCGGAUCGAUACGCCAGUGUUGGCAUUGUAAACGAACAGGGUCCCAUGUGGCAGAGGCUCCGCUCGAACUUAACAUCUAGCAUUACGUCACCGAGGAUUUUACAAAACUUUUUGCCAGCGCUAAAUGCGGUGUGUGAUGAUUUUGUUGAGUUGUUGAGGGCCCGAAGAGAUCCUCAUACACAUGUAGUGCCUAACUUUGAAGAGCUGGCCAAUCUAAUGGGUCUGGAAGCAGUGUGUACAUUGAUGUUAGGUCGACGCAUGGGCUUUCUAGCAGCGAAUACCAAACAACCUGAGAAAAUUAGUCAGCUGGCAUCGGCUGUCAAACAGCUCUUCAUCUCACAAAGGGACUCAUACUAUGGCUUGGGCCUAUGGAAAUAUUUUCCAACAAAAACAUACCGGGAGUUUGCCCGUGCAGAGGACUUGAUCUAUGAUGUGAUUUCGGAGAUCAUCGAUAAUGAGCUGGAGGAGCACAAAAACUCCGCUGAUUGUGAUGAUGAAGAUUCUGCCGGCCUACGCAGUGUCUUUCUCAAUAUACUAGAACUCAAAGACUUAGAUAUACGUGACAAAAAAUCCGCUAUUAUAGACUUCAUAGCUGCUGGCAUUGAAACGCUAGCCAACACGCUGCUCUUUGUGCUCAGUUCGGUGACUGGAGAACCUUCGGCUAUGCCACGUAUAUUUAGAGAGUUCUGUGAGUAUCGAGAUACGAAUAUACUGCAAGACGCCCUCACAAAUGCUACAUAUACAAAGGCGUGUAUCCAAGAGUCAUAUCGUUUGAGGCCAACGGCAUUUUGUUUGGCAAGAAUAUUGGAGGAGGACAUGGAACUGUCAGGAUAUUUUCUAAAGGCAGGAACCGUCGUUCUCUGCCAAAAUAUGAUCGCCUGUCACAAGGACAGUAAUUUCCAACAGGCAAACAAAUUUACGCCCGAACGAUGGAUAGAUUCAGUAACAGAUAACUUCACAGUGAAUGUGGACAGUGCUAGCAUUGUAGUGCCCUUUGGCGUGGGGCGACGCACAUGUCCUGGUAAAAGAUUUGUGGAAAUGGAAGUGGUGCUGCUUCUAGCCAAGCUCGUUCUGGCUUUCGAAGUGAGUUUUGUGAAGCCAUUGGAAACCGAGUUUGAAUUUCUCUUGGCGCCGAAAACUCCGCUGAGUUUAAAGCUCUGCGAUCGUUGAUAUUGUAAGGCAUACUUACAGGCGCCUGUAUUAAAUACGCGAACAAUUUCUGUUCGGGGUACUGAAAUUUAGUGUGAAGAUAAAAUUGUAAAUAUCUAUGUCGCUUUUGUCGUUGUUAUACAUGUAGAUAGUUAGUUAUUGGUAAUUAUUGCCGUAGUCUUUAGAUAGCGGAAAUUGUGUUUUAUGUACGUUCUGUAAACGGAAAGACUGUGUUUAAGUUUUGUUGUUUUAACAAUUUGUGUAAUAUUAUGCUUAUAACUUAAUAAUACUGCUUUUGACUACUUUUGUACAUA